AUGUCAAGUGUUGGCAACGUUACACGAUGCUGCUACCCAGUGAUAAGGUCGCUGCAAGUCCGGCAUCGUGCUAGGAGCAAUCCAGCUUUCGAAUCCUUCGCCCUCUUUCGCCAAGAGCUCCCCGAAAAAAUGACUACGAAUGCGCAGAAAAUUGGCGUUAUACCGCCGCCUCAUGCGUUCCAAUACGGCUUCGGUCAACAUCUGUGGAACGUCACUCCUGAACAGGUAAUGGCCUACACAAAGAUACUUGUUGGUAUCAUGGUUGUGUACGUUUGGACGCCCGCUUUGGCAAAGCUGUCACUAUUGGCCCUCUACUACCGCCUCAAUCCGGACCGGACCAUUCGAAUGUGCAUCUACGGAUUAGCGGGCCUGGUCUUUGGAUAUUCUCUUUCGAUUACAGUUGUUGCUGCUGGUCCUUGCAAUCCACAAACCCAUACAGAUCAGAAGUGUCUGACAGACUUGAACCUGUUCAUGGCGUGUAUCAACAUCAUCACAGACUUCCUGAUUCUCUGCUUGCCGAUACCAAUGUUGCGCGCUCUACAACUGCCGUUGAAGCAAAAGGUCUUACUAGGACUCGUAUUCGCGCUUGGGUCUGGUGUUGUCGUGAUUUCUACUGUUCGCAUCAUCUAUGUUUACAGCAUGAUCAGCAACCCCGACUCGACUUACAACGUAGCCAAGGCAUGCAUCUUCUCCACAGUCGAGCUCAACGGCGGUGUGAUUUGCGCAUGUGUGGCGCUUCUGAAACCGUUCAUACAGCAGUAUAUGCCCUGGAUACUGUCCCUAUCGAGCAAGAGUGGGAGCGGGGAUCGUUCUAUGAUCCGCAAAUUCAGGAUGUUGGUAAAACGUGGAACUGAGAAGGAAUAUGAGUUGCAGAGCCCAGAAGCAGAAACAGCUGCGCACAAUCAGGCAGCUGACAAGAAGUCGAGCCGUCAAAUUGCUGUAACCAGAUCCUACAGCGUUGAAGAUUCGAGGACUGGGAAAAGUGGCGGUGACAGCAUGGACGAACUCUUUGCGCCAGAUGCAGGGUGGAACAACGGACGGUAA